ACAUUGACACAUUGUCGCGGGGGUCGGAGAUUUUUCCCGCAUUUGUCCAAGCCCGACGAUGCGCGUACCGUAGCUACACAUACACAUACGGCGCCUCGUUUCGGUUCACAUUCAUACGCAAGCCCGGCGCGGAGCCAGACCGCGAGGCCACACCACCCCUUGCGCGCACAGGACGGCGAGGAUGGCCGGAGGAGAGGCCGGCGGGCAGCUGAAGCUGCUGGGCUCGUGGGCGAGCCCGUUCGUGAACCGCGUGCGGGUGGCGCUGCACCUCAAGGGCCUCGAGUACGAGAACGUGGAGGAGGACCUCGCCGACAAGAGCGAGCUGCUCCUCGCCUCCAACCCCGUCCACAAGAAGGUCCCCGUCCUCCUCCACGGCGGCAAGCCGGUGUGCGAGUCCCUCCUCAUCCUGGAGUACCUCGACGACGCCUUCCCCGGCGCCGGCCCGGCCCUCCUCCCCGCCGACCCCUACGACCGUGCCGUUGCCCGCUUCUGGGCCGCCUACGUCGACGGCAAGUUACAAGGCGCGAUGGUGGCGGCGCUGCUGGGGGCGACGGAGGAGGCGCGGGCGGCGGCGACGGCGGAGGCGUUCGCGGCGCUGGACGCGCUGCAGGGCGCCCUCGCGGAGCGCUCCGGCGGGAAGGGAUCAUUCUUCGCCGGCGACGCGCCCGGCUACCUGGACGUGGCGCUGGGGGGGUUCAUCGGGUGGCUGCGCGCGUGGGACAUCAUCACCGGCGGCAUCAAGCUCCUGGACGCCGGCCGGGUCCCGCUCCUCGCCGCGUGGGCGGAGCGCUUCGCCGCGCUCGACGCCGCCAAGGGGGUCAUCCCGGACCCGGAGCCCAUCGCCGAGUUUGCCAAGGUGCUGCAGGCGCGGUCCGCUGCAGCUGCAACUGCGACUGCGAGCAGAUGAGCUCACGAGUGAACGCGGCUGCAGCUGCACCGCAUGUUAAAGAUUGACUAAUAAUCUGUUCGUGUACCCACCACCUCGUUCCUUUUUUCUAAAAAAUAAAUGGUAAUAGAAUAUUUGGGGGAAAUUUUAUUUACAAAAUAUAUUCUAUCAUCAAUUUCUUGCAAUAUAUCAGCACUUGCGACAAAGAAUUAAUUAUGUAUUGAAAGAUGUCUA